AUGUCGUGUUUUGGUGGAGAGAAUAAGGCAAUCGUGUGUCAUGUUGUGCUGUUAGACGAAGCCGAAAUUGCGAUCGAAAUUAAGGUAGGCUCAGCGAACAAUUGCCUGUUUGUUUAUUAUCGUGUACCAAGCCGAGUUGAAUUACAUUGGAUAAAUAAAAGCAGGUCUUUAAGACGCAUUGUGUGUGGUUUAUGUAUGAUAAAAUCACUGCUUUAGAACCAAAUAAGACCGUUGGCAUUAAUUGAAUUGUGGUAUUAAAAGGGUUGGUCGAUAGCAUAGGUAGCAGUCUUGAUAUAAACGUCCUUUUGUGGUAGAUCUUCGCUAGACACAACAAGUUAAAUAUGUAGGCUUGUAGCGAGAAUUCACCACAAAAGACUUGUGAAUUUGGUGGUUAAUUAAAUCAAAUGAUUCACACCUAACUUGGCCAAUUUAAACAAUUCUCAUCGAAACUUUGAGACGGCUACUUAUGUUCGAACAAAAUCCAUAUUUAGCGACAUAUAAAUAAAGCUACUUAACACCAAUAUUAACGAGAUAUUUACAGUCUCGGUGUCAGACGCACGCGAACAACCCUUUAUAAUUUCACGAAACUUUUACACCUCGAAAACACGUUUCUCGCACGUGUUUGUUUUGAAAUGUGUCAAAUUGGGGAAAAUUUUAUGCACAUUUGAUUGCAGCUUUUCAAUUUAUCGUCGAAGAAAGAUCGCCCACGGUUUUAUAUUUUGACAUUCGAUAUUGUUUAUACAAAACACUACCAAUCUGUAUAAAAUAUCAUAUUCCCGAAAUUCAACUAUAUAUAUUGCUACUUUUUGCAAAUUCUAAUUUCAACACUACAUUUUCGCGUUUUAAAACAUGCGCGAAAAACGUUUAUCAAUGGAAAAUUUUACUACACUUUUCUGGUUAUCAACCAAAAUAUGCAAUGUCUUGACACAUUUCGUUCUGCACUCUUUGCAUAAGAGGAUUUAACUUGACAAAUUCAAGUUCCCCAAUUCCAAAGCGUUUUAAAUUUACAAAAAUGGCAGUUUUUCACACCGAAAUUAUAUGUCAUGCGACCUUCGAUGGCGCUAGUCAAGUGUUUGUAGUAAUAAAAAACUAAAAUUAGCAAUUUUUUGUCGGUUCUAGUUAUUUAAACAAGUUCUCUUAUGUUGCCAUAGUGGUCGAUGGAUCAGCACAAUUGAUAAGGCCAAAGGUUGCGUUCUUUCAUAUAUUAAGCCUCUAAUCCUUUGUUGACUUUUGUCUCUCACAAAGAAAUCUUUUUCGCCUGUAUGUCAUUUAUGAAAGUCAAAAAUCUCCGACGGUGCCUUUAAUAUAUUGAUGCGUUUAUAUUGCAACUCCGAAUUGGCAAAACGUUUUUCAAAGGCCGAGCAGUUUUUUCACGUUAAAAUGUACUCGAUUUAAAUUACAAAACUACUUCUUGCUCAGCAACAGAAGACGAAACAGAUCGGCAAAAAUAUUCAUCAAAUGCACAGCUGUAUUGUGUCUAUUCGUGAAACUAAAAAUCCCAGUUAAUAAGGCCGAUUUUUGCCUAAAAACUGUCGCAUUCAACGUGCUUUCAACUUGAGUUGCACUGUGCGAGUCAAUCUGUUCCGUGAUUACUUGAGCGCAACCGCGUGAAAUAUUAGAAUUUCCUCCACAAUGCAAUGUGCCUUUUUCUAUAUUAACUUAUUACACUAAGCGAAACUGACUUAUAAAAGCCUUAUCAAGCUAAACUGGUAGCAUAAUUUCAGUGUUAUUUAAAGUCCCUUUGUGUGACCACAGAUAUCAGAUAAUGAAACAAUUUUAAUUUAUAGAUAACAUAUCUUGCUUUAUAUCUUAUCUCAAGUAACAGUUGGGAACACUUCACAGAAAUUCUUCACGCAAAUUUUCUAGCCUGCGCUGCAGACGUCAUAUUUACACGUAAUGUAGGGUCUGCGAAGUCGCGCAAAAAUCGUGUUUGAUAUAUGUGAAUUUCCCAGCAAAAGUUGAGAAGGCUUAUUUUGAUGCUCAAUCAAUCGAUAAUUUUGCAAAUGAAUAGUGGUUUCAAUUUACAGACAGAGGGAAUGGUGUACGAUAUUAAACAGUUUAAACUACAAUGAUUAUAACGGGUGCAUGACAAAAUCACUUUACCUAGGCAUGUUGAUAUUACACGUUACCAAGGCAACGCGUCAGCUUUUUUUUUCAGUGCAGAGACAAGUACAAACAAAACACAAUUAAAUAAACGCAGGAUUUAUAAAGUUUACGAUGUAGGCCAGAAAUCUAAGCUCACUCAAAUAUGACUGUUAGACGGGGCCCGCUUACAGGGAAUAUUUGAAUUUGCUGCAAAACGCCCGCACACUUUGUCAAGAAAGCGAAAAAGUAAGAAAAAAAAUAUCCCUGGAAAAAUUCGUAGUGGAUUUUUAAAAUUCUGCAGACUCUAAACUCUUUUGGAGUGAAGUGCCUCUCAAAACUGAGUUAAAAUUAUCCGCACGAAAAUGUUGCAACAUUGACGAUCGUUUGGGUGUUUGCAAUGCGGUUGACAUAAAAUAAAGUAUAAUUCACGAUUUUUUAUCAAGACCAUAAAAUUUGGAACUCAUUACCUUCUUCAAUAAAAAGCUCUAAUAGUCUACAUUCGUGUAAAAAAUCUCUUAAACAACUGAUUAACGAGUUGCUUAAUAUGUGCCCUCUGCUUCUUAUUACAGUAAGAAACAGACGAAGGGCCCUAACCUAACUCUAACCUUAACCCUAUGGUUCGAAACGUCGAAAUUCUCCUUAUAUUUUUCGUACGAUGUGGCCUCGUUUAAAAGCUUCCUGCUUCUAGAAGACUCCUCGCCACGUAUUUACGUAUUUUAUACAAUGUAUUAGUGUGUAUUCGUAACUUUGUGCCUUGUGGUAAAUAAAGGUUUGAUUUGAUUUGAAUUUGACUGGUAUAGCAUCAUGGUCCUUUCUUACGCGCAGAAAUAGAAAUUCAUGAGUUAAUUAAGGUCAUUAAGGACCAUUGUAUUUUUAUGAAUUUAGGCCCAUACGAAAGGUCAAGAGCUUUUAAAUCAAGUGUUCAAUCGAAUGAACCUGUUUGAAAGAGAUUAUUUUGGCCUGAGAUUCUUGGAUCACUGCGAGGAGGCUGUAAGUCAAACAACGUACUAAAUUUUGAAUUUGAUUUGCGUAUAAAACUAGUGAAUUGUGCUUAAAACAGAACUAAACCCCGCACCUUCUAAUAUGUUUGUUUAAAAAACUCGUAGAGAUGGCUGGAUCCAGAAAAGUCUAUCAUAAAACAAAACAGAAGUGAGUAGUACACUAACUCUUCUUUGACUGCAUCGGUGAAAAGAUGUCAGAUGUCAUCGUUCUAAGUAAUGUUACAUUCUUUUUUAUAUUAGAUAUUUCUGUAUUCUACUUUGGAGUGAGGUUUUAUUCCUCUGACCCGUGUAAACUGCAAGAAGAGAUUACUAGGUAAGUUAGUUAAACUUUGAGCAGAGGUGGUACCUCUUCGAGCUUGGGACAGCGCACGUUCCUAUAUAUGAGACCCACGCAGAGUGAAAAAUCUACAAAGUGGUUUUUUAUUUUACACAAAUUUACCGGUUUUAUCUAUCUAAAGUUACUAUCAUAUUAGUUAGUUAAGUUACUAUAAUUAUAUUGUACCUCUUUACUACUUAAAAUUGCCCUUUAAAAACGGCCAUUUUAAAACUAAUUAAAUUUGUUUUUUCCCUAAUACCUAAUGUCCUAAUGGCAGACUGUUCCAUAAGACUGGCGCCCAAUACGCAAUAUUCAAACGAUUUUCUUUUACUGUUCCUACGUGGCUUGGGAAUGACCAAGUGUCCAUUUACUGCCGAUCUUGCUAGCGGCGCGAAAAAGCACCUAGCUAUCCGAUACGAAUGUACAAUUUUCAGAAGUUGAGCGAAACAACAUCUCUCCGUUGCAAUAAUUCCUCUGAAAAUAGCGUUCCUAAAAGGUACGGAUAGGUGUUUUUUCAUGUCGCUACGAAAAGCUAUCAUGGUACAGAGUAAACGCAUAGCCAGUUGUCAGUCUACCCAAGGCAGAGAACUAUCUCUAAGUGUACAUUUCAAAAGGAGCUCUUUUAAGACGGUUGUUGCUCAAGUUUGGACACUUUUUACCCCUUCUGCCCACGUAAGACACGUAAGGGUUACUUCGAACAUACGUUAAACAACAAAAUCUAAAAAAUAACUGAACACUUUCUGAACUGAUAGCAAAAUCAUUUAUUAUAUAAUGAUAAGUCGAUAUCCCACAUGCAGAAGCCUGAGCUCACUAGUGUUACGACCUGUUACCGUGCCAUAAAAUCAAAAGUUAUUUUGUAAUGUACUUUUAGGUACUUCUUCUUCCAACAAUUGAAAAGGGAUAUCUUACAAUCCAGGUUCGUAUGAUUAUGAAAGAUUUGGAGGUUUACUUAAAACGAUACUUUUAAAAAAUCUUUUUGAAAUUGGAAUCCAGUGUAUAUACACACGUAAAAACGCACAAGUUGUAACAAACUUGCAGCAGACUUGUAGCAAUGCUGUUCCAACAACUUGUCAACAGGAUGUGUUCGCACUGCUUGUUCCCAGCUUGUUGCUAGUUGUCAAGGGCUUGUUGACAACUUGCUACAAGGUUGUUGAGCUCAACAGACUUGUUGCAAGUUGUUCCAACAACUUGUUAUCGUCCUGCAAUUCAACAAUUUGUCAACAAGUUGCGAGUGACAACCUUGUAGCAACUUGAUAAAAUAACAGCAUUGUUACAACUUGUUGACAAGCUUGCUACAAGCCUGUUGCAAACACAUCUUGUUGACAAGUUGUGAGAUUUUUACAUGUGCACACGCGACUAUUACUUUUAAUAAAUAUUUACAUUUUACAUAUAUUGAGUGCUUGUCUUCCUUGCUUCCUUGUCUGGCAAAUUUAUUUCUUCAUUUUCUUAUUUUCUCAGGCUCCACUGUUCAUUUACUGUCGCCACAAGGUUGUUCGCGUAUGUUGUACAAGGUAUGCCUCCGUGAAUUUCAUUUUAAUGUAUCCGUGAUCACUGAACACGCUUGAUUAGAUAUAAAACGUCGAAAAUUACUUUCUAUUUUAGCGGAACUGGGUGAUUUUGAUCAACAAAGACAUACAAUGGGUUAUGUGUCAGAGUUUAGAUUUUUACCCAAUCAGGUACGUGUUGACUACGAAGGCAUUUUUUUCCUAUUUGCGAUGGAAAGUGUCCAAAACCCAGGGCUGCAAAUAAAUAUUUGACUGGACAGGACAGUUGUCCGAUCACUUUUAAUUUUGGUCGGACAUAACUUGAAUUUGGUCGGACAAAAACCAACACCACUAAAUUUGGUCGGACAUAUAUACGUCACAAGAUAUAUAUAAGUCACGAGACAAGUAUGUAUAGCCAUUCCGGCGCAACGUUAAGUAAAAUGCUAGAAUGCCUCGUACAUUUUAUUGCAAAAUGCAAAUUGAGUGAAUUUGCAAUCGGAUUUUGUCACAGCAAAAAAAUGUAUAAUGUGACAAUUUUUUUUUUGUGAUCGGACCAAUGUCCGAUUAAAAUUACUUUUACUCGGACAUUUGCCAAAUUUAGUCGGACAUUGUCCGAUGUCCGACAGUAAUUUGCAGCCCUGAAAACCUAAAAUCUUUUUGGUGUUCCUCUCAAAAUUACUUUGUUUUAGCUUUAUUUUGUAGUUUACACGCAGUUAGCAACCUUUUUAAAUGUAUCUGGCGGUUGAGAAACACAAAAUAAUAGUUGAAAGAAAAUUGUCAAUCUUAGGGAGGUCCCUGUUCGAUUGUAUUAAUUGUAUUUUUAAUAUUUAUUUCAACAGUCUGAAGAAAUGGAAGAACAAGCGGAACAGAUUCACAAAACGUUAAAGUAAGAGCUGCUGUCUCUUUAUUUUAUCCGUUUGUGAAUUCCAGAAGAAAAUUUCAUGGACGUGAGUUGAGAAUCUUGCUUUCUUUUCUGGUGUUUUAGAAACAUGGUUCCUGCUGAUUGUGAACUGGAGUUUCUGGACAAAGCAAAAUGGUUGGAUUUAUAUGGCGCUGAUAUGCAUCACGUUCGAGUGAGUUGGUUUCAUCUUCAUCUGAGAUAUUGCCUGAAUUUUAGGAUAUCCAUGUUUCACCUACAUCAGGUCGUGUACACACGCAAAAACGCACAACAAGUACACACGCAAAAAUCUCACAUCUUGUAGCAAGUCUACCAACAAGCCGUCAACAAGUUGUGUUCGCACUGCUUGUCCCAAGUUGUCAACAAGUAUGGAACAAGCUGUUAACAAUUUGUAACAACCUUGUUGAUAUUAUCAGUCUGGUUGCAAGGUUGUUCCAACAAGUCCGAUACAGUCAUGAUAUAACAAUAUCGUUACAAUCUUGUGUCGUCAACUUUGUAACAUUCUUGUUAUAUAUACUUUGUAACAAUCUUGCGACAAGUCUGAUAAUAUCAACAAGGUUGUUACAAGUUGUUAACAGCUUGUUCCAAACUUGUUGACAACUUGGGACAAGCAGUGCGAACACAACUUGUUGACGGCUUGUUGCCAGACUUGCUACAUGAUAUAUGUGAGAUUUUUGCCGGUGCAUGGUCAAUCAGUGAGUACGAAACUGUCGAAAAUCAGAAACAGUUUUGUCAACACUAUAUUACUGGUUUUGUCUCAGGGAGAUGACGGAGUCGAUUAUGAAUUUGGAAUCAAACCAUCUGGACUUUUAGUGAAGAAACGCGGAAAUAUCAUUGGAAAUUAUGUUUGGUGAGUUUGGGAUUUUUGGGACGAUUCACUUCAUUGUCCAUGGUGAAAUAUUAUUGAUGCUCUUCAUACAUGGCGAAAUUUUACAGAAAGAUUACACCCGCACAUUUUUUGCCUCUAUUGAUGAACAGCAAUAAUCUACAGGGUAUCUAAUAUUGACGCAGUAAUAAAUUAGCCUUUCGCACGGCCCAUUUGGGGGCACUGCCUCGCUCACAUUUGAGAGUCUCUGCACCACGAAAUGCGAUUAUAGUUUGUAUAAUGGUAAAUUUACAGUUACGACUUUUAAAAGUUGCUUUUCACGUUGUUUGACUGAUUGUCUAGAAUCUCUCACGAGGGCAGACAGUACCCCCAAAAUGGCGGAUUUUGGCCCUCGUGAGUAAGGCUAAAUUAGUUCUUUUCCUCUUAACGUUCUUAGGCCAAAAAUAUCGAAGUUGUACUUCAAAGGAAAGAAGUUUUAUCUCUCAGUUUGGGGAAAAAAUGUAAGUGUCGUUUUAUAGUGUAUUGGGGUCGCUUGUACGAAAGCCGAUAUCCGCCAGACAAUGACUUUUUUCGGUCGUUGUAAAAUGCUUGAGAGCUAUGUAAAAAACGGAUAUCGCAUUCGCAUUUUUUAAAAGUUUUAAAUAUUAAAUUUUGAUUUGGGUUAUCCGUUACAUGUGGAUGUAUGAUCAAAUGGGCUUUACAUCAACGAUAUUAUACGCUUACCUAAUUAGGCUACUUACUUAGCUUAGACUAUUUACCUUUACAACAAUUGUGAUAUUACUUUCUUAACUGUGUUUAUCCUAACCCACCCUGUCAAUUCUCCCUGUGGGUGGAAACUAUAGGGCACCCGGAAAAACCCACGACUUUCGACAGAGCCGUACACACGCAAAAGUCUCACAUACCAGGUGAUCUCGUGUUCGUAUUUUAGCCAAUCAGCGCUCAGAAAGGGUUGUCCCCAUAGAAAUCCAUUUUGAUGUAUUCAGUCAAUUAUAUCUUUCGUUAUUCUUUAUGAAACUAGUUGAAAUUUUGUAAUUAUGUUUGCUUAUGAGAUAUAUAGCUCUGACAAAAAUAUGGAAUCGAAAUAAAGUAUAUUACAGGAGAUAUUCAGUUGUUUUAAUCAUAAAAUGGAUUUCUAUUUGACAACUAGUGCCAUUACUUUUCCGCGUAUCAAGAUCAUCUGGUAUUCAUAUAUUGUAGCAAGUCUGCUAACAAGUUGGCAACAAGUUGUCUUCGCACUGCUUGUCCCAAGUUGUCAACAAGUUUGGAACAAGCUGUUAACAACUUGUAACAACUUUGUUGAUAUUAUCAGACUUGUUGCAAGGUUGUUCCAACAAGUCCGGUACAGUCAUGAUAUAACAAUAUUGUUACAACCUUGUGUCAUCAACCUUGUAACAUUCUUGUUAUAUCGUAACUGCAUCAGACUUGUUAGAACAACUUUGCUACAAGUCUGAUAAUGCCAUCGAGCUUGUUACAAGUUGUUAACAGCUUGUUCCAAACUCGUUACAACAACUGGGAACAAGCAGUGCGAACACAACUUGUCGACAGCUUGUGAACAGAUUUGUAGCAACUUGUUUGCAGACCUGGAACAACUUGUGCGUUUUUACGCGUGUAAUUGAGUCCGCAUGACGCCUGAAUUCUGCAGAGUAUUAUCAGAUCUGCAGCAAUGAAGUUCAGCCACAAAGACCUUAUACCGGAGAUAUUUUCAUCGUAUGGUAUAGUAAUGUACAAAUGCAUCAAGUGAGAAAUUGAUUUUGAGUUUUCAUUUAAGAAAAACAGUUCAAUUCAUAACCAUAUUACCAUAACACACGUUGCAGAAACAAGUUGCAUCUUCCUCGUGUUCUGUAAGAUUUAGUGAAGAAGAGAAUAGUUAUCAUUCCAUGCAGCAAAUGAGCGGAAUAGCUUAGAUGCAUGUAAACAUUGGGCAAGUUUCGUCGCUAUCUUUUUCUAAAGAUUAUCUGGAGGACCUUUCAUAACUUUUUAGCGUAUAUAGAUCUAUUGUAUAUAAUGUAAAUAAUUAUUUUACUAUAUAGGUAUUUGGUACUUUGGACAUUUUAAACUUUAAUAUUAUAUGUAUAAUAUGUAAUGUUAUUUAAAAUAUUGCCAGGACCCUAUAGUGGAAAUCGCCUCGGCAAGUUGGACUUCCUGUACAAAUAUUAGUACUAAAGCGUACUGUAUGUUUGUUAUAAAUGUUAAUAAAAUCUUUUUAACAACAGGAAAAGGAAGACAGUUAUACGUUUGUCUUACCAAGAAAGUCUUCGUGUAAACAUUUGUGGAAGAAUUGCGUGGAACAUCAUGCUUUUUUCAGGUAUAUACAGUACACCAAGAGGUCGCAGUAUUUGAACAAUUUGAAAUAGAAUUAAAAUUGAUUUAAAAGACUUUUAAUACCUUAUCUUGCUAACCUCGUGGUCUGCUUGCAGAUUGGAAAAAUGUAACAACAGCGCUCCACCAGCUGAGAAACUUUUCCGUUUUGGAUCGAAACAUCGCUACAGUGGUCGAACCCAAUACGAGGCUCUUCAAGAAAGCAUGCGAAGAAAACGUCAAGCUCCAGAAGUACACAGGUAAUCAGUUAGUACUGUCAAAUACGCAUCCUUUCAAAAUUCUCUAAUUUUUGUAAGUACUAAUUCCUGUUUGAAUAUCACAAAAUAAACUAGAAUAGAAGUUUUCUUUUGUUACAGAAAAACAAGUAAAAAAUAUCCAAGGCGAAGUUUUCAAGAGAAGCGAAAAGGUAUCCCAAUUGUACACACAUAAAAAUCUCACAACUUGUCAACAAGAUGUGUUCGCAACCGGCUCGUAGCAAGCUUGUCAACAAGUUGUAACAAUGCUGUUAUUUUAUCAAGUUGCUACAAGGUUGUCACUCACAACUUGUUGACAAAUUGUCGAAUUGCAGGACGAUAACAAGUUGUUGGAACAACUUGCAACAAGUCUGUUGAGCUCAACAACCUUGUAGCAAGUUGUGAACAAGCCGUUGACAACUUGGGAACAAGCUGUGAACAAGCAGUGCGAACACAUCCUGUUGACAAGUUGUUGGAACAGCAUUGCAACAAGUCUGCUGUCGGUUUGUUACAACUUGUGCGUUUUUACGUGUGUAGAUUAAGGUAUACUGCACAAACCGUAUCGUUGCCAAGAUACCACGUCAUGUAUUCUCUAUUCUGUAGCAACGCCAGGUAGUCAAGGACGCAAAUCUCCCUCUGGAUUACGUACACAUUCUCCACAGGCAGCAAACGGAAACAAUCGAUGGUAAGUUGCAAAUAGCAUUAAAUAAAAGCACCGCUCAAAAAGAAAGUCCCUAUACUAAAUGUAUCAGCAUAAAUUCCAAACAAACGAGUCCCUGAUAAUCACACCUAACACUAAUUAGACGUAUGGUAGCUUUGCCUAAAUAUGCCUUUAUGGUUGCCAACGAAUAGGCUUGCUGAAUAGUGAAUGAAUGCUUGUUUACAUUAUCAAAGUUUCUGUGACCACAGUAGGAAUUUUGCAUGGGUAAAAUCUAAGUUUUGAAGAAUUUGUAAGAAAUGUUUGUGGGAACACUUACUCACUGUUUAACAUUGAAUCAGUUUCCUCAAACAUUUCUUACAAAUCCUUCAAAACUUAGAAUUUUCCUAUGCAAAAUUUCUACUGUGAUCACAGAAACUUUGAUAGUGUAAACAACGCUUGAGUCUGAUUACACCGUAUUUAACAUGUUAAUUUUGAAAUUGGGUAUUUUUGUAUUCGGUGGAGGUUAUAAGUCAGCCUAAAUCAUUCUUUCAAGCAUCAGUGAUCCAUUCUUUACAGAGCAAUAAGCAAGCUACCAUAGGUCUAAUUUGAUGUGAUUUUUAUGGACUCAUUUGUUUAGAACUUGUGCUGACAUAUUUAGAGGGGAAUUUUCUUUUUGUGCGGUGUUUAUUAGAUUCUAUAUAUACAUUGUCAAGCAUUUACAAAAACUAUAAUUUUUCCUCAUUUGCUUGAAGGUCGCAGUCCAGUGCAGAACCAAAAAUGAAUGGCGUCUCUAGAUCCAGGUAAGCAUAUAUUCCUGUUGCAUUUAGAGCGGAUUCAGAAAUAACAAUUGGAUAUGGUAAAGUUAUUCUAAAUCCCAGAAAAUGUUCCUUUGUAGUGGUCUUUACACAAAUGGCGAGAGAACGCCGAAUGGUAGCAGUCACCUUGCGAAAUUUCCGAAGUAAGUGGAUUUAUUGCAGAAGAUGAAUUCACCAUCAAUACUUAUGAAUAUGUAAUUAUAUACUUCAAUCAUUUCAUAGUCGACUAACUAUCUAAUUUAUUUUUUUAUAGACCAGGAAGGCGCCCAGGACAUCUUAGUGGCAGUGACACUGAAAGUGGACGUCGAAGGUAUGAAAUGUUACACCACAAGUAAAGCUUGUCUUCCCAUGGUAUGUUCAACACAAAGUAUAUGGUGUGUUGUUGUCGGUAUGGCAUGGUUCACUCUGAUUCGUCACUCGUUGAACCAAAUGAUCGCAGAAAACUUGUCGUCUAUUUAUCCAUCUUAUGAAAAAUAAUACAAUUUAAAGAUUGAGGUCAAACAGUGUUUACGAUUGAGAAAAGUUGUAGGACCCAAUUUAAAAUAGCAGUUGUCUCAGCUUGAAAUGUAAGCGCUGUAUAGAAGACGUGAUGAUCUGUAUUUUGCCGUUGUAAAACAGAGCGACGGCGACGUUAAGUUUAAUUGUUAAUUUCUGCUCAUUUUCUUGUGUUAAUAUGUUGUCCGGCCUGUUGACGUUCUUAAUAGCAGUAGUUCUUUAUAAUUUUAAAAUCCCCGUUGACGGAACGUAUAUUUUCUUCUGUAGAAGAGGAGGAAGAAAUUAUGUUUCGGAUGAUGAGGCUGAAGUAAGACGUCGAAGGUAAGGAUUUUAAUCUGGUUCUCUUUCACCUACACGCGUAAAAACGCACAAGUUGUUACAGGUCUGCAAACAAGUUGUUACAAAUCUGUUCACAAGCUGUCGACAAGUUGUGUUCGCACUGCUUGUUCCCAGUUGUUGUAACAUGUUUGGAACACGCUGUUAACAACUUGUAACAAACUUGAUGUCAUUAUCAGACUUGUUACAAGGUUGUUCUAACAGGUCUGAUACAGUCAUGAUAUAACAAGAAUGUUACAAGGUUGACGACAUAAGAUUGUAACAUUAUUGUUAUACCAUGACUGUAUCGGACUUGUUGGAACAACCUUGCAGCAAGUCUGAUAAGAUCUGUUAACAAGGUUGUUACAAGUUGUUAACAGUUUGUUCCAAACUUGUUGACGACUUGUCGGCAGACUUGCUACAAGAUGUGAGAUUUGUUCGUGUGUACUGUUCAUUGAAAUUAAAUCUUUAGAUGCAUGCUCUCUCUCUCUGUAGACAUCGACGAAGACGGAACAACAGAGGCUACGCGUCAGCCGGUGAUGCAAGCGGUACGGAAACUGAGGGUGCGAACUAUACAGAGCGACCGAGGGCGAGGUCACGAGGUUAUUAUACUGAAACGGAAGAUCCCUAUGAUUCCACAGCGCAAUGGGUAGACAGCACUCAAAAUAUACACCAGGCCGCUCGAGAAAG